AUCCUCUGAGCAGCUAUAAGAGCCACAGGAAUCAAAAGUGUACACGGGUCAUAACAUUCCUGCCAAACAGGUUCACCAUUCAAAAUCAACCAUGAAGUUCUUCCUUAUUGCAGCCGUUCUUGUCGUACUUGCUUUCGCAAAUGGAAGUCAAUCCGCUGAAGCCCCUGAACUGGACCAACUGAAGCAGUACUUUGAAAAGAUUACGAGCCAACUGGUCUCUGCUACCCGGGACUUAUCAGAUAAGAUCGAUGCACAGCAACUGGCCGGCCAGGCACAGACCCUCCUACAAGAGGGGAAGACUCAGCUGGAGCCUCUGGCAGCCCAGAUCCAGGAGCAUCUCAAGCCCCUCUCCGCCAACAUCGAGGAACAUCUGAAGCCCCUCGGUGAAAACCUGAAGGCCCAAGUUAAGCCCAUGCUCGACACCUUCCAGACUCAGAUGGAAGACAUGCUGCGUAAACUGAUGGACCAGGCCAAGGCAAUUGGAAACUAAACUAAGCUCCAGUAAUUCCCCAUUUUGGGUCAAAAUGUAGUCACCAUCAACCCUUUCAGUCUUGACCAUCCACAUGACGCCAAACAUCAGACAUUCACAGGCUGUUGACCUAUGUGUCCCAUAACAUCAGUUGUCGAUAGAGAUGGACGUUACUCAAAUCACCAUUAAAAUUGGGAACUUGUUCCA